AGACGCACGGCGAUGCGGCGUUGUUCACUGCGUGGCCCCAGAGGGCUCGAAUAAUUCCGUUGCGGCUCAAACUAUAUCUGAUUCGUAGUAAUUGUUUUGUUUGCUUUGCUGUGUCUCCUCGCUGACAUGUGAGCGAUGUCUGGCUCCAAGCGCAGACCCGCAUCUUCCGCAACGAAAGACACGAGCAGCUGCAACUUGGACAGCAGUGUGGACAGUCGUUGUUGGCGCCUACGCCCACGCAUGCCUUGUUUUUCCUCCUGGGAAAGUGGGCUUGCGUCGAAAAAGCGAUUACAGGAACUUGAAGCAGCUGCGCGUGCAACUUACGCAAGGGUGAGUGCUGAGUCAUUUUGGAUAGGUGUUUCCGAAACACCACAGACAUUGUUGGAAAGUUUCGCGCUUGAAGUAUUUUGGCACCAUGUCGACCGUCUGGCUUUGUCGCGAAAGUCCUUGAUGCGAGAUGGUGUGGUAGCGGGUGCGGAGUAUUGGGUCCAGAGGCGUUCGCCCAACCAGGCAGUUGCGAAACGGGGAAUGGAUUUUCAUUUUGACCAAGACGUAGCGGCGCUGGAGGAUGAAGGAGUUAUGGUCCUCCCACUGGUCUCCACAGUGACAUAUUGCAGCGAUGGCGGCGCGCCGCUCGCUGUACUCGCAAAGCCAACGCUCGAUGUUGGCCCAGAGGGCAUGUUCCUAGUACCACUGAUGGAAGACGAUUCGAUUGAUGUUUACAUCACGUUCCCAUCUCGAGGGCGACAUGUUGCAUUUCGUGGCAAUCAGCUGCACGGUUGUCCGCCGGAGCUAGAGGAACAGAGUGUAGAGCGUAUUUCGGUACUCGUGAACAUUUGGGUUCAUCACCGGCCCUUCGACUUGCGGCAACUUCGGCCUCCGGUAAAGAAUUUGCCGAAGGAGUUGUUUUGCGAUGGUGUUGGACGCAGAGCUCCGAUCCGUUUCAAGCCCAACAACCCAGUUGCCGCAACUCGAGCUCGCAUCCAGAAGGACAAUCACAUCGUUCUGGAGGACGUCUGCUUCGGUCCUUGGAGCUUGAUGGGUGUGAGGUUGCCAACUCAAUUGGGUGGAGGAGUUUGGGUCGUCAGGCAGCCUCGCGGACUCAUGGCGCUCUCUUUGCGAUCGAAGCGCUCUAUGAAAGCAUGUGUGAGAGAAGCCGCUGCGAGAGCUGAACCGAAGCGCAGGCCCAAGGCCACGGUGGCCAGCGCUGUGAUGAAAAAAAGGCGUGCAACUGCAUCUCCCGCUGCCACAUCGAAGAAGAGAUCUAGAUGAGGCCUUCGAGCCAGGCCACCUCGCACCCGAGCGCAAGUUCGUGGAAGCCUCGUGCGGUCGCCUCCAUGUGAAAAAAGGGGCUC